AUGGAGACCACACUGCCACUCCUCAAAGGGAGAAUUACUCUUCAGGAGGCGCUAGAAGAAGAUGAAGACAUCGUUCAGAACUUAUCCUACCCGGAGAAACGGGCCAUCUUCUGGCUCUACCUCGACCGCCACCGCUCCCAGAUAGCAGAAGUCGUUUCCCGCCACCUAAAUAUUCCCCAAGCCGGUCUUCAGCUCGGGGAGCUCAGAGAGUGGAUCCAUGGUAGUUUUAAUACCUGCAUCCCCGUCCACAUCACCUACCCUCGGCCAUAUCUGCCUCGACAGGCCAUCAUCCGAUUUCCCCUGCCGUACAAGACUGGUGAGGAAUAUUAUCCUGGCAAUGUGGACGAGAAAUUGCGCUGUGAGGCGGCUACCUAUAUUUGGUUGCAGCGCAAUUGUCCUACUGUCCCUAUACCCCGGCUCCUGGGCUUUGGGUUCCCCGGAACACAGUCGUUUACGGCGCUCGAGAACGAACCGUUUUAUAUCCGGAUCCUAUGGUACUUGCGCAACAUUAUACCAUGGAUAUCCGGACACACGCUUUCCCCUUACUUUUCACACCCUCGCCGGAACCUGCUCGAGCAUGGGUACCUGCUAAUCGAACACGUAGACGAGGGCAACAUGCUUUCUGAGUCAUGGAAGGACCGCCGUAGCGACCAAGACCGGAGAGCCAACCUCUUCCGGGAUCUCUCUCGCAUCAUGCUGUCUCUCGCUAAGGUCCCACUUCCACGAAUAGGCUCGUGGACAGUGGAUGACCGAGGCGUUCUCUCUCUUACUAACCGUCCGCUUACAUUUCAACUUCACCAAUUGGAAAACCAGCCAUACUACUUGGACAUUCUCGCCUGCCACGAUAGCCGUAUUCGGCACCAGCCAAACUCUAUUCAUCACCAAGGUGAUGGCGAGGCGCAGCUAGCUGCCCUAACGACCAUGCGAGCACUGCUCCCAAAGUUCACAAGUCGACUUCUUCGCGGGGGACCGUUUGUCCUUACCUUGACGGACCUCCAUCAGAGCAACAUCUUCGUCGACAGUAACUGGCACAUCACCCGCCUCAUCGACCUUGAGUGGGCAUGCGUCCGUCCUAUCGAGAUGCUCAGCCCACCGUGGUGGCUUUCCAGUCCAGGCAUUGGCAAAUCGGCUCUGGGUAUUGACGAACUCGUGGGAGAUGAAUUGGACGAGUACGCCCAGGUGCACCGGGAGUUUAUGGAUGCCUUUGAAACUGAAGAAUUAGCACAGCGCCAGUCAGGCGAGUAUACGAGAAUCAUCCAGGAAUGUUGGGAGACUGGGAGCUUCUGGUACUCUCAAGCCUUGGAUUGCCCGAGCGCGUUAUACGCUAUAUUUAUGUUCCACAUCCAGCCGAAAUUUGCAGACCUCGGCAAUGCAGCCCUGGACGAGUUCAGUCGAUGGGUGAUGCCCUACUGGGACCGCGAGGCUGCUAACUUUCUCUCGUCCAAGGUCAAGCAACAGGAAGAGUAUUCCAACCAUAUCCGGGAGGCUUUUGCUGCUGCAUCUUCGAAUCUGUCGAACAAGUGA